AUUCUGUAUUGUCUUGAUCGCUUCUAAACUCGCUGUCUAAGUGUUCCCUGUGUUUGUAUGUAGACUGUAGAGACGAAGCUACUAUAAGAUCCAUCUAUUGAAGAGCUGUGUAUGAGUGUCAUGCCCUUAUUGAACUUUUAACUGGAACCAUGGCCACAAGAAGAACAGGUGGGCUAGUACAUCGGUCGUCAGGUGCCUCUAGCUCAGCGGAGGCUAGUGGGCGUGGUCCCCCCAGCUCUGAGAAGGACCUGGAUGUUCCCGACGUGGACGAUGGGUACGAGGACAAGGGUGAGGACAGUAAGACCACCAGGCUCACUCUAAUGGAGGAGGUACUGCUACUGGGGAUCAAGGACAGAGAGGGCUACACUUCAUUCUGGAAUGACUGUAUCUCGUCCGGCCUGCGUGGCUGCAUGCUUGUGGAACUGGCCCUGAGGGGGCGUAUUGACUUGGAAAAGGCGGGCCUACGAAGGAGAGGUGUGAGCUCUCGAAAGGUCACCUGUAAGAACGCCACACCCACAGGGGACGUACUCUUGGACGAAGCACUCAAGCAUAUCAAGGAGACACAGCCUCUUGACACUGUUCAGAGUUGGAUCGAGUUGCUGAGUGGUGAGACUUGGAACCCGCUGAACCUGCGAUACCAGAUCCGCAACGUUCGCGAGAGGAUCGCCAAGAACCUUGUGGAGAAGGGAGUGCUCACUACAGAGAAACAGAACUUUGUCCUCUUCGACAUGACGACCCACCCGCUCACUGACACCACUACCAAACAGAAACUAAUCAAAAAAGUGCAAGAGUCUGUUCUCACUCGCUGGGUGAACGAAACAGACAAAAUGGACAAACGAUCUCUUGCUCUCAUUAUUUUGGCACACGCUUCGGAUGUUCUUGAAAACGCCUUUGCCUCCCUCCCAGACGAAGAGUACGAUCUUGCCAUGAAGCGUGUUCGCCAAGUGCUCGAUGCAGAACCAGACGCAGAGGCACAGAAAAGUGGAAGCAUGGACAUUAUUUGGGCUGUAGCCGCAGCUUUCUUGAAAUAAUUUUUUGCAUAAUUGUUAUUAUCAUGAUAGUUCGCAUGUACUGUAUAUAAUUAUGUAUCUUAUGUUAGUGUUAUUAUUGUUGACUUUGUGCUUGCGUGGACAUAAGUUGAUAUAAUGCAUUCUGUG